CCAAAUAAUAGAAAAUGGUGGUUAUGGUCGCUUGUUGAAACAGUAAUGAGUUGUUAGGGGGAGGAGGACGGGUUUGACACCUAGAAAGCUGGUAUGUAGUCAUUCCUUCAUCUCCCUGGAUUUCUGAGAACCAAUCUUCCACCGUCGGGCUACGUUGUCACUGGUUCUUUUUUCCAUUCCUCCAUGGAUUUCUGAGGAGAAAGAGAGUGAGUGUGAGAGAAAGAGGGAAAAAUGUCAAAUAUGGAUCGAAUACUGAAAGCAGCAAGAGCUUCAGGUUCUCUAAAUCUCUCAAAUCGCUCGCUCAGGGAAGUGCCCAAUGAAGUUUAUCGAAAUCUGGAUGAAAUUGAGGAGGGUGGAAAAUGGUGGGAGGCUGCCGAGAUGCAAAAGCUUAUAUUGGCUCAUAAUGACAUUGAAGUAUUGAAAGGUGAUGUAAGAAAUUUGUCUAUGUUAUCUGUCUUGAAUAUCAGUCACAACAAGCUUUCUCAUCUUCCAGCCGCUAUAGGAGAGCUUUCCUUGCUAAAAUCACUUGAUGUGUCAUUUAAUUUGAUAGUCAGUGUACCCGAAGAGAUUGGAUCAGCAACUUCCCUUGUCAAGUUUGAUUGUUCAAACAACUGUCUUAAGGACCUUCCAAGCUCCCUUGGAAGAUGUUUAGAUUUGUCGGAACUCAAGGUGUCCAACAAUGGCAUUACCAGAUUGCCAGAGGAAUUAGCCAACUGUUCUAAAAUGAUGAAGCUGGACUUGGAGGGGAACAAGCUAACAGUGAUAUCUGAGAAUAUGCUUGGAUCAUGGACCAUCCUUACAGAAAUCAAUGCUUCUAGAAAUUUACUUGGCAGUAUCCCCGAAAAUAUUGGACUCCUUUCACGACUUAUUCGCCUCGACUUGCAUCAGAAUAGGAUCGUAUCUAUUCCAUCAUCAAUUGAUGGUUGCCGUUCUCUCAAAGAAUUCUAUAUGGGAAACAACAUGCUGUCUACUUUGCCAGCUGAAUUAGGGGCACUGUCCUCCUUAGGAACAGUAGAUCUUCACUCAAACCAGUUGAAGGAGUAUCCUGCAGAGGCAUGUAGGUUGCAUCUCUCGGUCCUAGAUUUGUCAAAUAAUUCAUUGUCUGGUCUGCCGCCGGAGAUUGGCACAAUGACGACACUCAGAAAGCUUCUGCUCACUGGCAAUCCUCUGCGAACGUUGCGAAGUUCACUUGUAUCUGGACCUACACCCACUUUAUUGAAGUAUCUGCGAAGUAGACUGUCUACUGAUGAAGAAUCUGGACCUGCAACUGCUUCUUCAAAAAAAGAUCAAAUUUCCAUGGCAGCUCGAUCAUCUAUCUCAUCAAAGGAACUCUCUUUAGUUGGAUUGGACUUGACUGCUGUCCCACCGGCAGUAUGGGAAUCAGGAGAAAUUGUUAAGGUUGAUCUUUCUAGAAAUUCAAUUCAAGAGCUACCAAAUGAGUUUUCUCUGUGUGCUUCGCUCCAGGCUCUGAUUUUGUCUGGGAACAAGAUAAAAGAAUGGCCAAGUGCAGUUUUGCAGUCACUUUCUAGUCUUUCAUGUUUGAAGUUGGACAAUAAUCCCCUCGGAAAGAUCCCAUCAGAUGGCUUUCGAGCCCUCCAGAAGCUCCAGAUUCUGGAUUUAAGUGGUAACGCAACUUCUUUACCAGAACAUCCUGCAUUUGCUGGCUUGCCACAGUUGCAAGAGCUUUACCUGAGAAAGAUGCAGCUACAUGAAGUCCCUUCAGAUUUACUGAGCCUACAUCAACUACGGAUUCUUGACUUGAGACAAAAUUGCCUUCAAUCAAUACCUGAGGGAUUCAAGAACCUCACUUCUCUUGUUGAGCUUGACCUUUCUGAUAACAACAUUGCAACACUACCUCCUGAGUUGGGAUUGCUUGAAACCAGUCUACAGGCCUUGAGACUUGAUGGAAACCCAUUAAGAAGCAUUCGGCGUGCUAUCCUGGAUAGGGGAACUAAGGCUGUGUUGAACUAUCUGAAGGACAAAAUUCCAGAGCAAUAGUGUAGUCAGGUUUAAAGCACGAGCGAAUGGACGAAGUUGCAGGUAUGCAACUCAUGAGUGAAGGUAUGAUGUUGGAGUUACAGGUAUGCUUCGUGGAGAUGAGUUUUAGAAGGAUGAAAGCACUGCGAAACUGUGAGCUUCACGCAACCAGGUUGGAAUCGUCACUUUGGAUAACGAGAAGUUUCAACAAUGGGUUAAAGUUGGGGGGUAGGUUGAGUGAAGUAUCGGGUUUUUCACAAUUUUUGUCCCUCCCACUUGUUUCUGAAAACAGAAAAAUAAUCGUUUGAUAAUGUUUUCGGAAACAUGUUUUUCCGUUUU